AUGUCAAAUGCAAGCAGUUUCCGAGAGCAGGGUAACGGGCACUUCAAACAGGGCAAGUAUGAUGAUGCUCUGUGUUGCUAUAAUCAGGCUCUGGAAGCCAGCACUUUAAAAGACUCUGAUAAGGCUGUCAUCUACAAAAACAAGGCAGCAUGUUACCUGAAACUUGGGCAGUAUCAAAUGGCUGUUGAAGAUGCCACUCGAUCUCUGGACUUAGUACCAAAUGAUCCAAAAGCACUAUUCAGAAGAUGUCAAGCUUAUGAACAUCUAGGAAAAGUCGAAGAUGCCUACAAAGAUGCAGUACAGUUGAUAAAAGUAGACCCUCAGAAUACAGCAGUCAGCCCAAUGUUUCAUCGCCUGAACACAGCCAUACAGUCAAAGAUUAAGCAGCAGAACAGCACCUGCAGCAAAGUUUCCCAGAUGUUCAACAUCAGCUUUGAUUCUUCUGUAGACCGCGACAAGAGACUACAGGGCUUAAACAACUUGAUUGUUUUAUCACGGGAAGAAUCUGGAGCGGCCAUGAUCAUGAAGGAAGGAGGUUUGACCAAGUUGAAGUCGUUGUUGUCUGAGAGAGACCCACAAGUUGUCAAGGCUGCACUCGCAGUCCUUGCCACUCUAUCCAAAGGCAGUCAAGUGCGGUCUGCAGCAAUUAUCACAGAGAUUGGCACUGCUACAUUGCUACAACUGAUGUCCAGAAGUGAGACUGUGGAGAUGACAACUUGUGUGGCCCUGGUCAUCCAGCAUUUGAUCACCUAUUACACUGGAUUGGACAAACAUCAGGCCACUUUGAAAAAAUAUGAAGAGGAAAAAAAAAAGGGAGAAAGAUUGCCAUACCCUCAUCUCAAACUUGAUGACAUAUCAAAAACCUUCUUGGAAGACAUUUUCAGAAGUCUAGUCAAGAUGUUAGUGAAUGGCAAGGUGACUGCAUGUGCUAGAGACUCAGCUAUGGAGUUGAUCACUAAAAAUAUCACAUCUCAGACUGGAGUAGACAUGACCAAAUUCUUCAUGGAGACCCAAGGUGUGGAGAAUCUGCUGACUGUUGCUGGUGCUCAGAAAGAAUUUCAGACCCUUCCAAUCAGCCCUGAGUCCAGCAUGCAUGCCUCAGUGGCUCUGUCUAAAAUCUAUGAUGACCUGGCCAAUGACAAACUCAGAGAAAAAUUUAAAGAGAAGUGUCAUGAUUACUUCAGAGAUCUGUUUGCAGAUGGAAUUUUGGAGUCAAAGAUUGAGGCAGUUGCUGCUUUAGCAACACUCUUAAAGGGAACAUACGAAGUGGGAGGUAUGCUGCUGGGAAUCGAGGGAGUGACACAGUUGAUGUUUACCUUGGCUGAAAGUGACAACCCUCAGUAUCAGCGUGUGGCAGUGGAAGCCAUAGUCAGCUCUGCAUCCAAGAAAGACAAGUGCAGUGGCAUUCUGCAAGAUGCUGUACCCAUUCUGAAAAAGCUUUAUCAGUCAUCAGAAGACCACAUCAAAGUGAGAGCACUAGUGGGUUUGUGUAAGCUUGGCAGUUUUAUGGGCACAGAUGCUAGCUCACAACCAAUGGCCGAUGGAUCCACACUGAAACUAGCCAGAAUCUGCAGAAAGUUUUUAGUGAAUGCCAGCAAGGAUUCUGAUUUACGUAAGUGGGCAACGGAAGGCCUGGCUUAUCUCACCUUGGAUGCUGACGUGAAGGAGGAGUUGGUCAAUGAUCAGUCUGCGCUGAAGUCCAUCUUUGACCUUGCCAGGAAUGCUGAUCGUAACACCACGUAUGCAUCUGUGACUGUGCUGGUGAACUGCACUAACAGCUAUGAUAAGCCAGAGGUCAUGCCUGAGCUCAUAGAACUGGCCAAAUUUGCUAAACAACAUGUUCCGGAAGAACACGCUAAGGACAAGGCUGAGUUUGUCUCUCAGAGAAUACACAAACUGGCUGAUGCAGGGAUGGUCAAUGCCCUGGUGGCCCUCUCUGACACAGACAGCAAAAACAGCAGAGAGCUUCUGUCUCG